CGCCGGCCCCUUCCCAUGCGGGCGGCGCGGGCCCUGGGAGGGGCGCCCGGAGCCAGCCGCGCAGCAUGCACUGGGGGGUUGGCUUUGCCUCGUCCAGGCCGUGCGUGGUGGAUCUGAGCUGGAACCAGAGCGUCUCCUUCUUCGGCUGGUGGGCCGGGUCCGAGGAGCCCUUCUCCUUUUAUGGGGACAUCAUCGCUUUCCCUUUGCAGGAUUACGGUGGGAUCAUGGCAGGGCUGGGCUCCGAUCCCUGGUGGAAGAAAACCCUUUACUUGACUGGGGGAGCUUUGCUGGCCGCAGCUGCGUAUCUGCUCCACGAACUCCUGGUCAUUAGGAAACAGCAAGAGAUUGACUCUAAAGAUGCUAUUAUUUUGCAUCAGUUUGCAAGACCUAAUAAUGGUGUUCCCAGUUUAUCUCCUUUCUGUUUAAAGAUGGAAACUUAUUUAAGGAUGGCUGACUUACCGUAUCAGAACUAUUUUGGUGGAAAACUUUCUGCUCAAGGGAAAAUGCCUUGGAUUGAAUAUAAUCAUGAAAAAGUUUCUGGCACAGAAUUCAUAAUUGACUUUCUGGAAGAGAAACUUGGAGUGAAUUUAAACAAAAACCUUGGCCCUCAUGAAAGAGCCAUCUCCAGAGCAGUGACCAAGAUGGUGGAGGAGCACUUCUACUGGACGUUAGCUUAUUGCCAGUGGGUGGACAAUCUCAAUGAGACCCGGAAGAUGCUCUCUCUUAGUGGUGGUGGUCCCUUCAGCAACCUGCUGAGGUGGGUCGUGUGCCACAUAACGAAAGGAAUUGUGAAACGCGAGAUGCACGGCCACGGCAUUGGCCGCUUCUCCGAGGAAGAGAUUUACAUGCUGAUGGAGAAGGACAUGCGGUCUUUGGCAGGGCUUUUGGGUGAUAAGAAGUACAUCAUGGGGCCCAAGCUUUCCACUCUUGACGCCACUGUCUUCGGACACUUGGCACAGGCAAUGUGGACCUUACCAGGGACAAGACCCGAGCGGCUGAUCAAAGGUGAGCUGAUCAACCUUGCCAUGUACUGUGAGAGGAUAAGGAGGAAAUUCUGGCCAGAGUGGCACCAUGAUGACGACAAUACCAUCUAUGAGUCUGAGGAGAGCAGCGAAGGCAGCAAAACCCACACCCCGCUGCUCGACUUUAGCUUUUACUCAAGGACAGAGACCUUUGAAGAUGAGGGAGCAGAAAACAGUUUUUCCAGAACCCCAGACACGGAUUUUACCGGACACUCACUAUUUGAUUCGGAUGUGGACAUGGAUGACUAUACAGACCACGAACAGUGCAAGUGAUGUCCAGCCUCACGGACCCUCUUCCUUGGGAUCUGCCAUUCCCUGGGUCAGUCCAUUUUCCCAGGUAGCAUUCCAUCCGAGCUGGGAGGAGAUCUUCGUGCUUGGCACAGUUUUCACAUGCUAAGUGGACUACAGCAGCCUUAUUUCUUUUUUGUACAAACAAAACACAGAACCAUUCAGAUGACUUCAUUUAAAACAAACAGGCAAAAAAUAAUAAUAAUAAUAAUAAUAAUAAUAAUGUCAGCAUGGUUCCUGAAAUCCAUUUUUGUUUUCAUUAGAAAACUAUUAAUAAUAUUGUGUGGUAGAGCAGGUAUAAGAGCAGGUUGCCAGCUGAUAGUGUUUAUGAUGAUCCUCUUCAUCCUGAGGUCUUAGUUGUGAGAUGGAUUCUUGAACCUCCUUUAUCCACCAGGAUUUGAAGUAAUGAGUGAUAUCAUCAGAAAAAAUGUAGGAGAUAAAUGUUUUCUGGUGGCUGCUUGUACUUUAUGUGUGUAUAUUGUAUGUUGAGUUGUAAGUCAAAUAAAAUCCACAGAUAUUCAACAAACACCUACUAUGUGCAAAGCACUGUGCUAGGUGCUAAUCAGUAUAUGUUUUAUUCUAAGCCCUGCCAGUGACUAGCUGUGUGAUUUUGAGCAAAUCUCUUAUUAACUAAUGUGUGCCUCAUUUCUCCCACCUGCAAAGUGGGGAUGACAAUACUCUCCACCUACCUACCUCACAGGGGUGUUGUGGGGAUUCAUGUGAUAACAUUCGUUUGGGCACUUUAAACCUCUGGGAAGUGGUGCAACAUAAACACAGCAUUUUAUUCUAUAUUGCACUUCAUGCAUGUGAAGAUUUGAGGGCAAAGGAAUUCCAUAUCCAGGCAACCACUACCACAGUCACUUGCAAAAGCUGAGCAGAUGAAAUGCACACAAAGGUACACUUAGGACUUUGUCAUCAGUCAUUUCUGUGAUCUUGGUUGAAUCAAAAUCUUUUGUUCAAAGAACAUUGGACAUGUUUUUAAAAAUUAUCGACAGCUACAAACAGUUUUCAAUUCUAUUGUGUAUUUGCAGAAAAGUGGUUCUUUCAUUGCCUGAACUCAUGCAUGUUCUGUGUUGACUCUGGAGUGUUAAGUUGCCUGUGUUUGAUUUAUUUGAGGAGAGUAAGUCUCAGGAAUACAGUGGGUUUCAUAGAGGUGAAGGGGAAAGUAUUUGAUUGAUUUUUGUAAGCAGAGGCUUGCAAACUUGUAAUGUCUUUUUGAAAACAAACCUUGCAGAGAUGUAUUGAAAAGAUGAAGUAGCAAGAUGAUACUUGUACCAAAGCACUCUGUUCAGUGAUAGACUAUACGCGGUUUUAUUAAUGCAACUUAUCUGGUGUUUUUGGCCACUGCCCAGUGAGAGGAGAGCAAUCCUGAGAACAAGUCUUAAUGUUUUUCCUGUGUCUUCCCCGUUCUCUCUUUCUCUAUAGUAUCCUAUGAACUGUUGGCUUACCCAUGUUUGUGAAGUCACCAUAUUUCCAAAGGUUUUUUUUUUUUUUUGACAUAGGACAUUUUCCAGUGAAAUAUGAGGCAAAGAUCCUGAGUGAUGGUUGUUGAUUUGGCCUAGGAGAGCCAGUGUUAAGAGUUUACAAUUGCAAAUGAAACUGCUUUGCUUCUGACCAACAUAAGGAUUGUUCAUUAUGGGGUUAAAGAGGCAUGUUUUAAAGGCAACUUCUGAGAAAUCCAUGUACUUUACUUGAAAAAAAAAAAAAACCUCUUUUUGAAUAUAGCAUUUGCAAAAUCAUCUUAAAAGACUGCUGUGGAUUCACAAAGAGGUAAAGGGAGAAGAAUUUUUGAGGCUGUUUACUUACCUCUUAAGCAACUGUGUAGGGCAUAUGUACCUAGGAAUACAUGCUGAGAUACCCCAAGUUAGAAAUUCUUAUUCCACCAGAAACUUAGUUGUUAAAAUCUUAUUAUAAGGGUUUUAAUAAAACCCUUCAUAUUUAAAGGGACUGUUUGAUGCCUAAUAAGAAUGUGGUGGAGAAGAUAUGAGUGGAUAAGCCUGUUUUGAGGCUCCAGCAUCGUUUGGGAGGACUGUUUGCCUCCCCUGUCUCUAGCGAGUGUGUGUUAAGGCCAACUUGUGGCACUUCUGUAUGAUUAGGGAGACUUCUGGACUAAAAAUAUGAAUAUAAUGAACAGGUGAACUGUAGACCUGUAUCCACAAAGCGUGGGUUGUCUUUUCCCCACCACAUUUCAGAUGAAAAGAAAUGUAUUUGAAUUUUUUUCUGUAAAAAAUUUAUUCUUACUGUACAGUACCAAGUGUGAUGUAUUUUCUCUCAAAGGCUGAUCAAGUUAUGAGAAUGUAGAUUCAUAUAUGUUUUUAAUUUUGUAUUACUUGGAAUACAAGUAUGUGGAGAACCAA